AUGGCAACGUCAGCGGUGGGGUUCAAGCCGCGCGAGGACCACAAGAAGGCCAAAGAGCUCGAAGAGGCGCGCAAGGCGGGGCUGGUGCCGGCGGAGGUGGAUGAGGACGGCAAGGAGAUCAACCCGCACAUCCCGCAGUACAUGUCGUCCGCGCCGUGGUACCUCAACGCCGACCGACCCAGUUUGAAGCACCAGCGCAACUGGAAGGCGGAGGGUGGGCAGCAGAACAAGAACUGGUACGACCGUGGAGCCAAGGUGUUUCAAGCCACCAAGUACCGCAAAGGCGCUUGCACCAAUGGCGCCAUGACGCACCACCACAAGUCGUGCACCCAACGGCCGCGGAAGCUGGGCGCGAAAUACACGUCGCAGGGCAUCGCGGCGGACGAGAAGGUGGAGUCGUUCGAGCUGGACUUCGACGGCAAGCGGGCUGGCUGGCCAGCAGAAAGGGCUCGACCCUUUUGCGGCGCCAUGACGCACGACCACAAGUCGUGCACGGAGCGGCCGCGGAAGCUGGGCGCCAAGUUCACGUCGCAGUGGAUCGCGGCGGACGAGAAGGUGGAGUCGUUCGACCUCGACUUCGACGGCAAGCGCGACCGCUGGAACGGCUUCGACCCCUCCACGUACGCGCGCGUCGUCGCCGCGCAUGGCGUGCGCGAAGAGGCGCGGCGGAGGUUCCGCAAGGAGCAGCAGCUGCGGAGGCUGAGCAGCGAGGGGGGAGCGGCGGGGGGAGCAGGGGAAGCGGGGGAUGGGGGGGAGGGGGGAGAGGGAGAAGGGAAGGGAGGGGGGGAGGAGGAGAGGGAUGAGGCGAGGGUGGACGAGAGCGAGCAGCGGGAUUUCGCCAAGGUGGAGAAGCGCGUGAGGACGACGGGAGGCGGCAGCUCCGGGACGGUUCGCAACCUGCGGAUCCGCGAAGAUACGGCGAAAUACCUCCUUAAUCUGGAUGUCAACUCCGCGUACUACGACCCUAAGACGCGGUCGAUGCGCGAGGACCCGAAUCCUGGAUGCGACGCGGACGAGAAGUUUUAUAAAGGGGAUAAUUUCAAUCGGAUUAGCGGGCAGGCGGUGGAGUUUCGCCAGCUCGCGCUGCACGCGGCUCGCGCGAAUGAAGCGGCGCGCGACGCGCGCGGGGAGGUGCACGUGCAAGGCGCGCCGAGCCAGGCGGAGCUGCUGCACCGCGAAUUCAAAGUGCGCAAGGAGCGGCUGCUGGCUGCGAAGCGCGAGGCGGUGCGGGAGAAAUACGGCAACGCGGCGGCGGAUCCCGAGGCGAACGGCGUGACUGGCGCGCUGCUGCUGGGGCAGACGGAGACGGCCGUGGAGUACGACCGGAGCGGACGCGCGGUGAAGGGACAGGAGAAGCUGGUGGUGGCGCGAAGCAGGUACGCGCAAAGAGGUAGGUACGAGGAGGAUGUGUAUGUCAACAACCACACGUCUGUGUGGGGAUCCUACUGGAAGGAUGGGCAGUGGGGCUACUCCUGCUGCCAUCAGAUGUUGCGCCUGAGCUAUUGCACAGGCUCGGCAGGCAUCCAAGCCGCAGAGGCAGCUGCGGAAGCCUCCACAGCUGCUGGUUUGGCAGGCGCUCUAGGUGAUGAUAGGAGGGGGUUCGAGGGUGGGAAAGAAGGUGGUGAGGGUGGGGGUGAUGGAAGCAGUGGAAAAGCAGCAGCUGCAGGGGGCGGGGUGGUGUUGCCAUGGGGAAGUGCGGGAGGGGAGGACGUGGAUCCAUCAACACUGGACCCGGAGAAGCUUAAGCAGGCAGCUAAGAAGAUGGAGUUGCGUGCAAUGGAGGAGAAGGACGAGAGGAAGAGAAAGUACAAUGUGCGGCAUGAUGACGAGGUCACGGCUGAGGAUAUGGAGGUAUAUCGGCUUAAGAGAGUUCACUAUGAUGAUCCCAUGAAAGAUUAUGCUGACAAGGAAUAA